AUGAAUGGAAGCGCAACCGCUCUGCGCAUCGACGCUGUCGAUGCCUUCGCGCGCACCCUCUACCUGCGCACCAAGCAGGUCGCCGUGCCCGCCUUUGAUGAUGCCGCCGUCGCCGUCCGCCAGAUGCACAUUUCCCUGCGCCACCUGCGCGUCGAGACCGGCGACCCUCAGUCCGUCCUCAACAAACCCGACAACACCUCUGCCAUGUACACUGCCGAGCUGGCACCUAUUGUCGACCACUGCGAAUUUGCCCUCAAGCAGCUCGAGACGGUCCUAGAUCGCGUGGCCGGCGCCGAUAUCAAGAAGGAUGCGCUGACAGAUCGCAUCGCAUCAGUCACGGCCAAGAUUGCAGAAAAGGAAAUGGAUGUUGCAUUUUUCCUGGAUACUGUCCAGGUGCGGCCCAAGACCACCUCCAGAGAAUCCAUGCCGGACCAGCAGACGCUCGAGGCCAUCAAGCACGAGAUUGAUCUGCUGGCGUCCAGGGUUUUUAGUCGGCAUGCCGGCGUACUUGAUGACGACUCGGAGGCGCUCUGGCAGGGAUUUAAAACGGAGCUGGAGCGGCAGCGAUUUACAGUUGACGAGUUGGAAGCACACAAGGCUGCUAUAAAAGCGUCCAGUAUCCUCAUCAAGGCCGAUCGGCAAGCCGUCCUCGAUAAGCCCUCGGCGACGCUGCUCCCCACGCAGUACUCGUUUAACAUCCCCUCCGCCAGCGUGGAUGACGAGAGGGAUGGCGGCAGCGACCUAUCCAUGACCCUCGUCUCGACAAAGGACCUCGUCGCCAUGGACAGCCUCAACAACGGCAUGAACGGCAUGCACCUGCACACAGACCCGUACCCCCAACCAGGUCGUCCCGGCGAUAACCUGUCUCACUCACCCAACUCUCAGACGGUCGUGGCCGGCUCGCCGCGCUACCAAUCCAGCAACCCCUCCAACGUCAGCAGAGGCUCCAAUUGGCCAAACACGACAAGCGCGGGUACCACCCGUCCAUCGCGGCUGGCUCCUGAUCGCUACGGUCGAGACAUUCCCGCCGAUGCGCAGUGGACUCAGAUCCGCCGCUCGCUCAUCAGCCCUGAAGUCCUCGACCGGGCCGGCGUGCGCUAUGAGGCGCGUCCCUCGUACGUUGCCAUUCUCGGCCGCUUAAGCCGCGCGGAAAUUUUAGAAUUCGCUCGUCAGAGCGCUGAGUGUCGCGCCGCCCGCUCCUCUUACACCCGCCCGCCGCUGCCGCCUCGACGACCCGACGAGCGUCACAAGCCAGACACCAAAACCCACCACAGCGACGACGACGUGCUAUACGACUCCAGCGACACUGACUCCACAGACUACGAGGAUGACCACAAACGCUCCCACAACGACAAGACAGGCACAAGAAGCUACCCGUACAUUGUCAGCGCGCCGAUGGCCAAGAAAACGUCACCCUCCACGAGUGUUAAACCAAAACCCAUCCUCAAAAACAAAAACGAAAACCACGUGCGCUUUGAUCCAGAGCCGCACGAGGUCGAGCACCCGAGCAGCGCACCUAGUUCGUACAACAACGACCGACGGAGAGAAUACUACUACGGCGAAGGAAGUGGCUCCUCGUCGCGGCGACACAGAGACCAUUACGACCGUGAGCACCACGAACGUGAUCGACCGCACCGCGGUCAUAGGGAUCGACGCGAGAGGAAGAAGAAGUCGUGGGGGGAGACGCUCGGUGCGGUGGGCAUUGGUAGCGCCGCUCUACUUCUGGGUGGUGUUGGUGGUUUCUAA